CAUGUCUUACUACGGCCACGAGCCUCACUUCCUUGAAGCAUGUUUUCUUUGCCGGAAACCGCUUGGGUGUAACACUGAUAUCUUCAUGUACAGAGGGAAUACACCGUUUUGUAGCAAAGAGUGCAGACAGGAGCAGAUAGACAUGGAUGAGUGCAGAAAGAAAAAGAACUGGAAACUGUCGUCUUCCUCUAGUAGAUCUCUGAGGAAAUCAGAGGCAGAGGAGACUUCCUCAAAUAAAACCGUACGGACGGGCACUGUUGCUGUUGCUUAAUUAAGGAAUGCAAAGCCAAUUUUGAAUUUCCAUGAUCCAAUGUGAAAAUUGAGAUGUUUAUUCUUCUUGAAUCUUGAUCUGUAAAGAACUGAUGGAUGAGAGCUAAUUAAGGUUUGAGAAAUGGGAAUAGAGGAAUUAAGAGCCAUCCCCGAUUCAGAUUUUUUCUCUUUUAUUUAAGUUGGUGGUUGAAUGUUCAUAAAGAUGGGAUUGAAGAGGAAGUGGAUGGACAUGGAUUUCGGGUAUUGUUGAAAGAAAAUUUUGAGACAA